AUGCAGAUCGUUUUAUCCGCCGUUAUCUUCCUUGCUUCAGUGGCAUCAGCCAGAGAUUUCGUCUUAUACGAUGAUGCCAACUAUGGUGGAGCUGCUCAUAUCGAGGCACGUAAUAACGAUGCCGCCUGUUGUAUGUCAUGCCUAUCCUCGGACAUGGAAAUUUUAAUAAUUAAGGACAUCAUAAGGAAUCUCAACGGCAAAGGCGAUCGGGCGAGUUCCGUAGGAGGUGAUGCAGGAUGCACUACAUUCUUCCGGGAACGCGACUGUAGGGGGUCCAACUGGCAGCAGCGUGGCUCUGCACCUACUGUUCCGAGCUUCCUCAAUGACCACAUCUGGUCAUUCCGCAACCAAUGCUAA